AUGUCACUGAGCCGGAGUCCGUCGCCCGUCCCUGGCGGUGGAUGGUCUUCCCCUGGCCUCAACAUCAACGGGAGCGGUCGAUCCAGCCCGGCAAAGAGCUCGUUUUCCGGAAAUGGCAACAACGUCACAUGGGAGUCUGCCAGGCUCAAGAGCCAGGGCGUUGCGGGCUACCCGUCCUUCUCGACGCAGAACCAAGGCUUCUUCACCCGCCACAUGCGGCGCAUAUCGAGCAGUCUGCCGAGUUUCCACGCGAAACACGACGAUCGAUACGUGGAGAAGGACAAAGCUGUUACACGUGGUAUAUGUGGUCGCAUACCGCUGGUAGGACGGAUAAGGAACACCAUGACGCGCAUGAGCAGAAAGAAUAAGACACGGAUGCUGCUGCUGGGCUUAAUACUUCUCCUCUGGGGGCUCUUCUGGAUUACCCCUCUGUGGUACCACUGGAGGAGAACGACUUGGAUAGGCGGUGGGCAAAAGUUCGUCAUCAUCCUCGCCGCCAACAUCGGCGGUGGUGUCAUGGAGUGGAAGGGGGCACGAGAGUGGGCGAUAGAGAGGGACAGCGUCAGAAACAAGCGCAAGUACGCUUCACGUUGGGGGUACGACCUCGAGAUUGUCGACAUGAGUACGAAGAAGCGAUACGCCCACGAGUGGCGUGAAAGCUGGGAAAAGGUUGACGCGAUCAGAAAUACCUUUAGGAAGUACCCUAAAGCGGAAUGGGUUUGGUGGCUGGACCUGAAUACCUUUGUCAUGGAGCCCACCUACUCGCUUCAAAGUCACAUCUUCAACGACCUGGACGACCACAUCUACCGCGAUAUCAACGAGUUCAACCCACUCAAUAUCACCCAUCCGAUCAAGGCCAACUAUCUCGAUGAAGAAUCCCAGAAUGCGCAGGGCGAUGGCGACGUCAACUCGGUGAAUCUCAUUUUGCCACAGGACUGUUCAGGUUUCAAUCUCGGGUCCUUUUUCGUCAGGCGCAGCGAUUGGACCGACCGACUCUUGGAUGUUUGGUGGGACCCUGUUAUGUAUGAGCAGAAGCACAUGGAAUGGGAACACAAAGAGCAGGAUGCAUUGGAGCAACUAUACACGACGCAGCCGUGGAUUCGAAAACACACUGCUUUCAUCCCCCAGCGGAUGAUCAACAGUUUCCCGACAGGUGCAUGUUCGGACAACGGCAACGACACGCGGAUACACUACAACCAAAAGGACCGAGAUUUCGUCGUCAACAUGGCCGGUUGCGAAUGGGGCAGAGACUGCUGGGGAGAGAUGUACAACUUCCGCGAGUUGAGUUAUUACCUCAACCGGAAUCCCUGGGAGUUGUUCAAGGAGGAUCUCGUCGCAGUCCUCUGGUUCAAACUUACAGGACAGAAGGUCAAAUUAUAG